ACGCUCCAAACUCCGACUCCCAUGAUGCAACUGCGCAGCACUGAUCCAAGCGCAUCGGGGUCGGACGAUUUCCCCCCUUCGGCAUCCAGGCUCAUCACCACUGCGCUGCAGAUCCACUCGAACACAAAUGGCAGCAGCCUUGUCCCGCGCCCUCAAACUACCCGGGAAAAAGGGCUCGGAGCUGGGGGAGUACGACCCACUCACGCAAGCGGACAGCGAGGACGAGAGCGAAGAGGAUGAUCUCGUUCUUAACUAUCCCCGAAAUGGUUUGGGCCGGGACACCUUCCACGGCGGCGGCAGCGGCUCAACAAAGUUGCGCGCAGGGAGAUCCGGACGACUCGUGGCGACCGGCGACGAGGCGCAGGAGGACGACGACGAAUGGAGAGAGCGCCUCCCCAGCAAAUCCCGGCACGAAAGAGAUGACGUGAAAGGCGGGCAGUACUGGAGCCCGUUGAGGGAGGACGGGGACCAGCUGGGUGGAUCUGGACUGAGGGUUCACGGGACUGAUGAAGAAGAGAAGAGGGUGAGGAGGAAGAAUGCCGUGCGGACAUCCCUUUUCAUGGUGCCGCUCGUCUGUGCUAUGCUUCUUGUGCUGCUUUGUGCUUUCCUGAUUCCCUGUGAGAAGGGAGCGCUGGUGAAGCGGCCACAAUGGGAGAAAGCGCUGCGGCAUGCGGGAGGUUUAACUCCACCUGCACUGGUAUUAUGGGAUGUCGACGGUGAUUCAGUGGAUGACGUGCUACUCAGUGUGACUGAGUGGAGCAAUGACACGCAUCCCACACAAGUUUACAGCACCGUGGUUCUCUCUGGUGCUAGUGGGCAGCUAGUAUGGAAGAAAGUCAUGUGGGAGUCCAUCAUGUACAUCCAGUGUGGCCUGCAGCUCAGCUCUAAGCCAUUACCCGUGUGUCUCCUUAUUGGGAAGUCUAUCAUCGUGGCUGUCAAUGGCACCACCGGGAAGAACUUGUGGUCCGUGAUGCUGAAGAACAUUGAAUCGCAGGCAGUGUUACUCCCAGAUCUUCAGGGAGACUCGGUCCCGGACCUGUUGAUAGCCACCCUACCUGCAGAUCAGGCUUUGGAUCUGUCCCUGACUUUAAUUUCUGGCCUGACUGGAGCGACACUCGGACUGUCCGUGUCCUUCAACCUCACUGGACAAGGGAAACUGAUUGGUCCUCUUCUGCAUGAGACACAACAGGGGACCCCGUACAUCCUCUUUGGCCUAGGGAACGUGGUGGCCAUCUCACUGCGGGAUCUCUACAUCCGCGCUACGAGCAAGUUACCAAUGACUCCGACGCUAAGAAGGAAGGAUCCCUUGUGGGAGGGACUGAAGAAAACAAAUUCCUCCUCCUUUAUACACAUCUUCAGAGGGUCUGAGCGUGUGACGUUCUUGCUGCCCCUAGUGGCCGGUUUUGGCACCGGCCACAACAACCUGGACACGGUCUCUAAUAUGAAUUCCAGCAAGAGUGACUGGUUGUUAGUGUACGGCUUCAGCAAAAUAUCAGUGCUCAGACACAGGGAUUUACGCAAACAGUGGACAUUUAACUCUGCGCCUAUACACAGACAACCAACUCCAGGACACUUUAAUAAUGACAGAAUCCUCGAUCUUUUCUUUCAGCACUCUGCAAACGGCAUUAUGACGGCGCAGGUGAUUGAUGGGGCAAAUGGACGCCCUCUCUGGACAGCGCAGUUUGUGUGCCCCCGUCUUCUUUUGGAAACGGCAGCGGUCUCCACUUGGACUGGCUUAUCAGCUUUCGUCUUCUGGGCCAGCGAGCCAAUCACUGGACAGAAGAAUAUCACCAAGGCAACUGUGGUUCCGGGUUUUGUCGCAGCUGAGCCAGUUAUCAGAAAGCUCUUCCUGUUGCACCCUGCUUAUCCAACAGUCCUGCUGGAGUUGGCCAGUACCACAGACACUGCAGUCGCCGCUGCAGUGAGCUACGAGGAGCGUCAGAAAGAUGCGUCGUACAUCACCGUGUCCUCGAGGCCGACACCUGAUUCUGAGCCCGCCGCUCACAUCGUGAAGAACAUGAGGCUCCGCGCGGCCAUCGCAAAAGGACAAAUGGUCACAUUAGGCGAGCGCAACAAUACUGGGACAGCGCUUAAACAUGACAUGUUUGAGCUUGACGAGUUUUACAGGCACUUAUUCUUCAAACGUCAGUAACGUGCUGCUUUUUUCUAAAUCAUGCUGUGGCCCAAGAAGAGGUACAACUGGAUAGCACUGCACGAAGAAGAGCUUCAUUUGAAGCCGUUUACAUCUCAUUAGUUUAAAUAGUAUUCCACUUGUUACUUAGAUGUGAAAUGUUUUGAUUUUUAGCCGUGGUAUUAUUUAUGUUUACUCAAAUACUUUUAUUUAUUAAAAUGCCAUUUUAAGGAUGUUUCAAACAUUUUGCUGAAUGUUUCAUGAUUGUUCGGACUUGAUCACAGCACUUUGUUCAAAUGAAAGUGUAUGUUUUACUUCAUGCUUAUAAAUCUUCUAUGGCCAGUCUUAUAUACUCUCAUAAUAAUCACUUGUACCUUCAAACGAUCACUUGAUAAUUUAGUUGCUAUGGAUGUAAAUAGUGAUUGCUGUACAGUAUUUAUUGAAUUGAUGUAUUGUCCAUUAUAUUUUGUAUUUUUAAGCGCUGUGGUUUUUCUUACUUUGCUGCUCAUGAGUACAAUAUUUUAUUGUAAGCUGCAACUCCCUUCACUACAAAUAUGAAAUAAAUUUUCUGCAACAUA